GCUUAUCUCUGGCAACACUUAAAACCGUCCUCCUUUGCCACAUUCUCCAGUGAAUACCUUUAUCAUGAUGACUUCACGGUUUGUUGCAGGGGCUUCCCUCUUUGCAAUGUUGAUUGUGGGCAUAUGCUGCCUUCCUGUUCAGAAAGGCUCUUAUCCUGGGGCCUACUAUGGCAGAAGUAACCCCAACACUGCUCCUAAUGUUGACUUGUACCAGGGAGGGCCUUCUGGCCAGUUUUCACCUGAGGCUGUUGAGUAUUACAAUGCACCUGCUCAAGACUUCUACCAAUCACCUUAUCAGGCUGUACCACAGCAGGAGCCCAGUGUCCCUCAGCUAACUGCUCUUAGACGACCAGAACCUGCUGUUGGCUAUGGUUCUUCUGGACUGGUUAAUUCAGGGUACAGGGGUACUUCAGCCAUGCAAAACCCUGACAGUUCUGCUCAACCAGAAGCUGCUUACCAACCUGUCCCUCAAGAUGUCAAAUCGGCUGCUGAACCUCCUAGUCCGUUCUCCAGGGCUAAGGAUGUGUCGACAGGCACUCAUGCCAUUGCCUCCGGUCAACCAGAAAACGCAAGUCCUCCUGGAUCAAAUUACCAGGCAGGGGAGUUGUCCACUUAUUCUAAAAUCUUAGAGCAUGGUAACUCCGAGACGGAGACAGAGGAACUAGACUGGCUGCCUCCCCCACCACCUCCUAUGCCAGAGAAUGCUGAACAAGGCUCUAGUAGACCAGGCUUAACCAGUGAACCACAACCAGACACCUACACAGGCCCCUUUAAGUUCUAUGACUCCUACUUCUUAAACGGACAGUACCCUCAAGGCACAGUCAGCUUUUCCAGCAACACCUACGAGCAGGGAAGGGACAGUUUUCAAGAUGUUCACUAUGUGAGGGAUUACUUUCCUAAUAACCCUGCACCUGUGCAGGAGAGCCAGGCCCAUGCUUUUGCACCCCUCCAGAACUUUCAUGAACCCAGGAUGCCUGUGAAGAGUCCUGUGACAGCUGGUUCUGGAAGGGAUGUUGCAAAGGCUGCUUCCCCCAGAGGCUUCAGGCAGCCAAUCCGCAGCCAGGCCCGUGGCUACAACUUUGGUUAUGGUGGAUACUACUGAAGUGGAUGCCUAAAACAUGAACAAAGAUUUCAGAUGAAUAAAUAUUUUGUUAAUUA